AUGAUUGCUAUGCCAGUUCAACAGCAGAGAGAGAUGUCUCGUUUCAGCAGCUUGGAGCGAGAAGAAGAGCAAGAACAGAUGAUGCUGAAACUCCCCGCUUCAAUCCAAGCGAUGCUGAUGCGAGCCAAUCGCAUCCUCACCAAAACUGAGAUUCAAUUCAUCUCAGGUGCCACACCCGACCACCGCUGCGAGGCGCUGCGAAUGAUCUUUGAUGGCAAAUCGGCGGAUGAGGCAGUCACGUUCCUUUUAAAUGCGAGCCGGGGCACGCCUGCAGCGGCGGUGACCGACCCUCCAACGAGGGCUGCAACUAUGGUGUCGGCGUGCACCAUCAAAGAUUUGAAAGUUAGCAGUAGCAACAGGUCCCCUUCUCUCAACGAAGUGCAUCGUGUGACACAGCCGCUCUCUGAGAGGUACUUAACUCUUCGUGAGGAGAGCGAGUUGGAUGUGUUUCCGUCGACGCUGCACGUUGUCCCCAUGCCACGCAAUGAGGCAUUCACUGCACGAGCCCAGCAACCCCCGUCGCCGUCGUCCACAAUCAUGACACAAUGCCGAAACAACCCCGACAACAGUCUGGCGAAUGACCGCGGCGCCUCACCGCCGAUCCGUGUGCCGUGGCAACACUUGCAACAGUUCUCAACGGUCAGCCGGCACCUAAAUGACGUUGCAGUGAACAUAGCAAAUACCUUUACUCAACCAAAGCCAGCAAAAGCAGCAAUGCCACAGGUGACAGAGGCACUUAAUCGCCGUGCAGUGAUCAAGAAGCAGAGUCCGAGUGGUCCUCCUGUGAAUGCCGAUCGCCGCACGAUUCCCAUCACAAAUAAUGGGGCGUCAGAUGUGGUAAAAACGUGCGAGAAGCGUGACGUGCAAGCCACAUUGAAUCACAAGCACAUAAAGAAAACAUGUUCAGCGUGGGAUGAGCACUUCAAGACAUUUAUUGUGCAUCCGAAUCAAUUGAGGCGGCUGGAGGCGAAGGAACUCCUGGAGGCACCCCCUGCAGCUGUUCGCCCUGGCGGAAGUGGUGCACUCAGGCGUCUUUCAAGAGAAGACCGGCACCAAUGUACGCGGCAAAAUACACUGUCAAAGUCUCUACGUCCUCCGGCAUCUGCAUUCGCGCAUCUAACGUCUACAGGACCCGGCACAGGUGGCGCUGCGCACGUAACAGGAAUGCACAGCACAUACCCCUCCUUCUAUCACGGUGAAAAGCAGCAACAGCAGCCAUGCGUGCCGCCGCUGAAGGGUGUGAAGAACACACGACGCAAGGACAAGGGGGAUGUCUUCACACGUCUGUACUCCUCCACCGCAGCCUGUGUGACGCCGCGACCAGCCUCCGCGCGUGAGCGGGCCCUGGUGGCCAGUGGCACGCCACUGCGGCGCACUGCUAGUGUCUACACGCCGCGCACUCCGCGCGGCCAACCACUCAGCGUUGCGCUGCAUGUCUUGGCCGCCACCCCACGCAGCCGCCGCGCUCUAACGACAGUGAAGGGUCCCGCAACGCGGCGCAACUGCGGCGGCGGUGGUGGUGGUGGCUCAACAGCCGCGGAGGCGUUGUUGUGUCGGAGGAGAGCCACCGCCGGGACGACACCGCCGCGAUUCAACUCCGCACAGAAGCUGCAGCGCACCGCGACGGCGAAUGACCACUCGCGCUGCUACGCACGCACUGCAACGUGGAGUGCACGAUACGAAUCGUGCAUCGACCCCUUUUACGAGUUCCCUGUGCAACGAGUCCAGCAGCGUGGGCGAGGGGUUGCUGCCGGAUCAUCGCAUGGGCAGGGGUGGAAGCGCUCUGCGACGACAAUCGUGACACGUUGA